AGUGUUUGGUAAUAGUUUAAUCUUGGUUUGGUUGAAUUUGAUUGCUGAUUUUUUGAAAGUUGGUGCCUUUUCUUCGCUGACCCUAAUACUUUAUCGGGUCUUGUGUGUAUCAUCUAUGUGAUUGUUGGUAGAAUUUUGGGUCUGAUUAGAUUUCUGUGUUAAUUUGUGAGUUGGAUUGUGUUCAUACUCUAUAGUGAAAGAGUUGGUGUGUGUGUGUAUGUUAAAAGUGGAAUCUUGGUGUAUUUGAGGAUUUAUGAAGAUAGGACCACCAUAGGUGACAAGUAAUUUGUUAUUUGAUUGUGGAUUGCCUUUUUUUCUUGCUGUUCAUGAAAUAUGAUCUUUUCAUCUUGCCAUGGUGCAAUUGUGUGUUCAACACUUCGACUUUGAGGUCACUAGUUGGUUUAGCAAUUGCAUUGUAUCUCGUUAUUGGGUUUGGUUUUGUACAGCAGCAAUAACCCGCAUGUGUUCUGCUGUUUGCAGAAUACGGUGUCGUGUUUUUUAGCAUAAACAGAAUGAUAUCAUAUGAAGACCUUUUCAACUGUAUGAUGAUGCUUCUCUGUACUGGAGAAUGAAUUUUUUCAGUUGAAUUUUCCGCUGCAAUGUCUUUUUGUUAGAACAUGAUUCUCUCAUAAAUUAUCAUUAGGGUUUUUGAAGCUUGGGAUAUUCGAUGAGAAAGGUGCUGAAGAGAAAUGGCUGCAAGUCAGCAUCACACCAGUUCUUUAAGGAUCGAGCAAAAAAUCGAGUGGAUGAUCUUCAGAUGGUUUUUUCAGAUCUGCAGUCAGCAAGGAAGGAAAGCCGCACAGUUGAUGCUGCAGUUCUUGAAGAGCAGGUUUAUCAAAUGUUACGUGAAUGGAAAGCUGAACUUAACGAACCCUCACCUGCGUCAUCCUUACAAAAUGACAGUCUUGGCGCGUUCUCUUCGGACAUUUAUCGACUGUUGCACCUUUGUGAUGAAGAAGAUGAUGCUACAAGUCCAUUUGAGCUUCCUCUGCCAAAGUCUGAACCUGAUAUUCAAAAUUUUCAAACUGGAGAUGCCAUUGGCUUCCAAGAGGACUCUGAUGUCAAGCCUGGAUCACAGGAGCAGAAUUUCUCACCAGUUGAUCAAUGCAAAGGAUCUUCUGCAUUUCGCAGUUUGACAACAAAUCUGGAGCCACACCAGCUCGACUAUAACCAAUUUAAUCUUCAACUAGACCUUGAACAUCACUAUUUUGGUGGCUAUAACGCUGUUGAUGUGAGUGCUUUUUAUGCACAUCCCAUUUCAGGAUUUCUGCCCAACAUAUGCCCAUCACCUGCUGCUUUCCUGGGACCAAAGUGUGCUCUCUGGGAUUGUCCCAGGCCUGCUCAAGGAUCAGACUGGUGGCUGGACUACUGUAGCAGCUUCCAUGCUACUCUUGCACUAAAUGAGGGGCCUCCUGGAAUGACUCCAGUCUUACGUCCUGGAGGCAUUGGCCUGAAAGAUGGUCUACUUUUUGCUGCUCUGAGUGCUAAGGUUCAAGGCAAAGAUGUUGGAAUUCCGGAAUGUGAGGGGGCAGCAACUGCCAAGUCCCCUUGGAAUGCCCCUGAGCUUUUUGACCUCUCAGUGCUCGAGGGGGAGAAUAUAAGGGAAUGGCUGUUUUUUGACAAGCCUCGAAGGGCAUUUGAGAGUGGAAAUAGAAAGCAGAGAUCACUGCCAGAUUACAGUGGCCGAGGUUGGCAUGAGUCCAGAAAACAAGUUAUGGACGAGUUCAGCGGGCUUAAAAGAUCUUACUAUAUGGAUCCUCAGCCACUGAAUAACUAUGAAUGGCACCUGUACGAGUAUGAGAUUAACAAAUGUGAUGCUUGUGCGCUAUAUCGAUUGGAACUCAAGCUGGUGGAUCGUAAAAAAACUCCCAGAGGGAAAUCAGCUAAUGAUUCAGUUUCUGAGCUCCAAAAGCAAAUGGGUAGGCUUACCGCUGAGUUUCCGCUUGAUAAUAGGCGUACACUGAAAGGAAGGUCCAAGCUCAACAGCAAGAAUGGUAUCGGAAAUCUGCACUCUGACCCAAAUCAAUUGGCCAGCGCAGAUAAAACAUCGUUUGAUCACGGACUCGGUGCACCAUACGGGUACCUUGUGGAGAAUAUAGGCGAUUUCUAUCUGAAAUGAGGCAAUAGAGCAACAAUCUCACAAAUGUCUAGUUGGUGAGGUAAUGUUCUACUGACAGUUCCAAUUUUAGGUUUGGACAUCUUCAAUAACAUUGGUGAGACCCUCAUUUUUUUUACAUUCGAGGAUCUUGUACAUAUUCUUAUUGUGGGUUUUAGCCAAAAUGACGGUUAGUCUGCUACUGUCAUUUCUGGAGCAUAUUUGACAUAUCAAAAGGGGUUACAAACAGUUUUAAACUGCUGAUGUUUACUAUUUUUAGUAAAAAUGUAGGGUUGAUAUAUAUUCUAACUAUAGUUUCUACAUGCAAUGGAGAUGCACGUUGGAUGGUAAUUUUAUGAAUUAUGUCAACUCAACAAAAGCAUGUAAUGUUUCUUUAUAUUUUGUACUAUGAGAUGAGAUACAUGUCUGACUCUCUCUUCUUGUCAUUUCCUGGUAAUUGUUACUGUUGAAUCUUGGACUUAUUUUGAUCUUAUUUAAGUACUACUAUGGUUAAUAGAUAUGAAGUAUUCUCAA